GAAGGGGUUAAGCCCGCGGGGGAGCCUGGGGUUCCUGGUCCAGAUGCGGAUCUUGGGGCUUCCUCCCUCCUGGUCAAGGGGUGCGGCUGCUGCGGAGGUGGCUGGUCGAGGUCCGAUCCCGGGGCGAGACCAUGCAGCUGGGCACGGCCCUGGUGCUCGGGGCGGCCCUGUGCCUGGGGCGUGGCCAGCCCCCACCGGGGGCCCCCGAAGCCCCCUUCUCCGUGCUGUGGAACGUGCCGUCGGCACGCUGUGGGGCCCGCUUUGGCGUGCACCUGCCGCUGGAGGCCCUGGGCAUCACUGCCAACCGCGGGCAGAGCUUCCGCGGGCAGAACAUCACCAUCUUCUACAAGAACCAGCUGGGCCUCUAUCCCUACAUCGGGCCCGGGGGCACAGCUCACAACGGGGGCAUCCCUCAGGCCGCGCCCCUGGCCCGCCACCUGGCACGCGCAGCCAGCCAGAUCCGCCGCAGCCUGAGCCCCGGCUUCGCCGGCCUGGCGGUGCUGGACUGGGAAGAAUGGUGCCCGCUCUGGGCUGGGAACUGGGGCCGCCGCCGCGCCUACCAGGCGGCCUCGUGGGCGUGGGCACGGCGGGUGCUGCCCCGCCAGGACCCCCGGGAGCAGCUCCGCCAGGCCCGGGCCGCCUUCGAGCAGGCGGCGCGGGCGCUGAUGGAGGGCACCCUGCAGCUGGGCCGGGCGCUGCGGCCCCGGGGGCUCUGGGGCUUCUACCGCUUCCCGGCCUGCGGCAACGGCUGGCACGGCGCCGCUGCCAAUUACACAGGCCGCUGCCACCCAGCCGCCCGCGCCCGCAACACCCAGCUGCGCUGGCUCUGGGCCGCCUCCAGCGCCCUCUUCCCCAGCAUCUACCUGCCGCCCCGGCUGCCGCCCGCGCACCGCCAGGCGUUUGUGCGGCACCGCCUGGAGGAGGCCUUCCAGGUGGCUCGCUCCGGGCACCCCCACCCCCUGCCGGUGCUGGCGUACGCCCGCCUCACCCGCCGACGCUCCGGACGGUUCCUGUCCCAGGACGACCUCGUGCGGACCAUCGGCGUGAGCGCGGCGCUGGGGGCGGCCGGCGUGGUGCUCUGGGGCGACCUGAGCCUCUCCAGCUCCGAGGAGAAGUGCUGGCGCCUUCACGACUACCUGGUGGGCAGCCUGGGCCCCUACGUGACCAGCGUGGCCAGGGCGGCCGCAGCCUGCAGCCGCCAGCGGUGCCACGGCCACGGGCGCUGUGCCCGGCGAGACCCGGGACAGCAGGAAGCCUUCCUGCACCUGCCGCCAGGGGGCGGCGCUGGGGCCUGGGAGCCUUUUAGAUGCCACUGUUACCGGGGCUGGGCCGGCCCCACCUGCCAGGAGCCCAGGCCUAUGCCAGGGCCUGAGGAAACAGCAUAAAGCCAGGGGUCCCCUGCUGUGACCCCCUGUCCCCGCCACCAUUUUGCAGCCCUUGAGGAUUCUGUCCCACUCUUGUCCUCUCUCUCACACACACCCUACUUCCCAUGGGACCCCUGGGGAGUGGAAGGGACCAGAAAACAAAUUUCCACUAUUUUAAAACCAGAGGCUCUCAGAUCACCUGAUCCCUGCUACAAAGGAAGCUGACCUAGGGGGAGAGAGAAGGUUCCAGAUGGUGAGGUGCCAGCCCAGGGCUCUGUUUCUACACAUCACGGGUCCAUGGAGAGAGAUGCCGAAGGAAGGGGACUGGCGGGUCUCAAGAUGUUGACCAAGGUCUGUGCGCGCUAAACUGUUGUCUGUACUUUGCUUUCAUCAUAAAGUCACUUUUUCUUUCGCUG